GUUGUAGAGCUCGGGAAGCCCGAGGGACUACUUGACGCUCUAUCUCAAAACUCAUAGCAGAAGGGGUUUGUCUGGAAAGUGAGCUUAUGAACGAGCGCGGCGGCGGGGGUGGUGCCUACAACAAGAGCUCGUCCAAGAGAAAGGCCUCGCCACUACCGCUUUCCAGAGCCGCUCCAGCCGCUGGGGGGUCUGGAGUCGUUAUUGCCAGCAAUCCUAGGCACAGCAAUCAUGAUCACAAUGCUGCACGUCGGGGAGCCGGGGGAGGCAACGGAAACGGAAGCGUGCGCAUCGGUCCACGAGCGGGGCAGCUCCAGUUUCAAGCCGUUUCCCGAGAAGCACUUCCUGCCACCCGAGCGUCUGGCCAAAGCGACGUUUGGGGGCAGCAGCAGCAAAGAUCAGGUGGUGGCCGAAUUCAAACUAUGCAAACCACGAACUCUGCAGCGGCAGCAGCAGGAGGAGGAGGAGGAGGAGGAAGAGGAGGAGGAAAUACCGACCACCACGUGAAUAGGAGCAGUAGCAGCAAUAACAGCAGCAACGGAUACCGACAACACACGGUACAACAGGGCGCAAGCAACGCUCCCGGCAGCAGUAACGCUCAGCACAAUCGAGCACAGCAGGGUACUAGCGGCCCGCAGACGGGGGGAAGGCACCAGCAGCAGCCGCAGCGGCAACACACGCGUGGGGCUAGCACUGGCAACGGGCCUGCAGCCGGCGGCAGAGGUGGGUCGGGAAGUCAACCGGGACGGCAAGCAAGCGCAGUACGGGCGCGAGGUGAGGCGGCGCCAGGGCAAGGGCGCAGCCGGGAGAGGCAGUCAGGCAACGGCGGUCACCAGCACCAACACCAGCAACAUAGGGCAAGCCAACAACUCCCCCAGCAGCAGCAGCGCGGAUCACACCAUCAGCCAAUGCAGCAGCAGCACAACUACCAGAAACAGCAGCAGCAGCAGCGACAAGGGUCAUCGCAGACGCCGCGCCGUCCAGACAACAAUGGAACGGCAGCGGCAGCGCCUGCGGCUAGGUCGACCAGGCAGCAAGAGCCUAGCAUGCGACAGGGAGCCAACCACAAUAGCAACACAGUCGCUCCUUUUUCGACUACAGCUACUUCCGCUUCUACAAACGUCGCGGGUGCUUCCGGAUCAAACGCACCUCCUGCCGACCAAUCACAGCCUUCUCCGUCAGCGGUGAGACUACCAGCUGCUUCUCCCUCUGCCGCUAUCACUUCUUCUUCCGCUGCUGCUAGCGGCGGGAGCGCUGCUGCUGCUGCUGCGCCCGACGGAGUGGCGGCGCUCCGAGCGCGGCUGGCGGAAGCUCAGGCGAAGAACGCGGAGGCGCUGGAGCGGGUACGGGAGCUGGAGGAGAACAACUUCGACCUGGAGGCGGCGAUGCAGAUGAUCGAGGUCGAAGCUUCGCACCGGGUAGAUAGGCAAGCGAAGGCGCUGCAGAGCAAGCUUGCCUUCAAGGACCACCAGCUCACGACGGCACGGAAAGACCACACCAGCGCGGUUCGGGAGCUCAACGAGGAGCGGACCAAGCGGAAGCGGGAGUCGGAGCGGGCGCGGUGGGAGCGGGAGGAGGCAGUGGCAGCGGCGGCUAAGGCCGGAGCAGCGGAAGCGGCGGCGGCGGUAGCGGCGGCGGCGGGAGAGCCCGCCUCUCGAGGCUCCACAAGCGGAGAAGAAGGACGCCGAAGCGGCUGCGGCGGAAUCGGAGUACCGCGGCCGGCCGGGCAGCGCGGCAACGAAGCAGACACGGGGCCGGCACCGGCGGUGUCGCUAGCGGAGGUGAUCCUCUCGGAGAUGUCGGACGACGUCAUGGUGCUGCUGAACGCCGGCGGCCGCGGCGGUGCUAGGACAGCAGCCCCCUCUUCUUCCAGUGACGACGGGCGCGGCGACGAGGACACGGAAGGCAGCAUCAGCACCAGCAGCAGCGGUAGCGAUGACGACGACGAAGGUGACGGUUUCUGGAGCCAGCGAUCCUCGUCGGACCCUUCUCCGCUACAACACCGCGGCGGCGGCAGCGAUGACGAUGAGGAAGAAGAAGAAGAAGUAGACCAAGAACCGAUGUCGCCGUCCUCCAUCACCGCUGCCGCCGAUGCCGCUCCGGACUCAGCGUCCCCUGUGCGGCUGGCGCCGUGGGAGCACAGGCUGGGCGCGGACGAGAUGGCCGGCGAUAGGUUACACUCGGACACCGCGACCGACGGCGAAGCUGAGGGGCCUGAGUUUGCUUCUAGAUGCUCGCACGAGGGGGAGUACUUCUCGGAUGAGGGCGAGCUCAGCCCCGAGUGGGGGCCGGAGGAGGAGGAGGAGGAGGAGGAGGAGGAGGAGGAGGAGGAGUGCUGGGACAGCGAUAGCGUUGACGACAGUGGUGGUGGUAGCACGACGGACGACGAACAGGAGGAGGAGGAGGAGGAGGAGGAGNGGUCAGUGGGCGGGGGGGAGGAGGAGGAGGAGGAGGAGCUGCUGGAAGAGCGGCGGGAGCUGUCGUCGCGGAUGCUCUCUUGCAUGGUGAGCCUGCUUGACGGGGAGGCGUUCGCCGGCGAUCUGCUGGGUGUCCUUGCCGGCUUCCUGGAGACGCUACCCGGCGAUACGGACCACGAGCUCGGGAUUCUCGUCAGCGCGGCGAGGCUGGUCCACCUUACGCUGGCCCUCACCCCGCCGGCGGCCCGCGCGGUGGCCUUAGCCGACCCGGACGAUGUCUCAGACGAUGACGACGAAAGCGGCGACAGCGGCGGCGAGGAGGCUGCCCCUGUCUACCGUAGGCUAGGCCUACAAGAAGAGGAGCCUAUCGAGGGCGGCCCUCAUGGAAAGGGGAGAAAACGCGGACGCUCGGAGUUAGGCGGAGCUUCGAGCCAGCGAGGCGAAGAGGAGGAGGAGGAGGAGGAGGAGGAGGAGGAGGAAGAGGCGGAGAGAGAGGGUCUCGGCGUAACGGUUGGAGGUGGCGACGACGGCCAAGCUCGGGAAGGUUGGGAGGGCGGCGGCGGCGGCGGCGGCGGCGGCGGCGGCCGUGGGUCGACGCCGCCCCCGCUCCCGACGCUGUUUAUCGCCGGAGUCCCGAUGCCGUCGGAGGUUGGCGUUCAUGGCCCCGUCGCCUCCGGGAGCAAGGUUGUUUCCUCGGACGGCGGCGGCAGCGGUGAGUCAGCAGCCGGCGAAGAGGCGGAGGAUCUGGGGAGGAGGAUACAGGAUCGGCUGGUGGCUUUUUUCCACCACGGCGUGGCGUGCGGCUGCCCCGCGCUUGUCGAGGUCUGUUUGCAGGCUACCCUGACCGCAAUCUGGGACAGGCAGGGUUCAGAAUUACUCGCGUGGGGUGACCUGGUCGACUCCAACAGCUUCAACCACGUCAUGACGUCUGACCUGUUCCGACCGGCCUGGCAAGUCGGCGCCGAGGUUCUGAGCGUCCUCUUGCGCAAUGCCGACAUCUUCCGGGAAAUCGCCGUCGACAAGGAGUUGGAACAGCAGCGAGAUGGAGAAGAUCAUGCUUCGCCGGCACGACGGCCGCGGCCUUCGACGGAGAUGCCGUUCGGAGAUGUCGGAGAUCGUAGUUGUGCGGCGGCGGAGAAGUCGGCCAAGACUGAUGCAACCGCGAUUCCGACUCCUCGCUCGGGGGCCACGGUGCUGGAGGGGGGAAAUUUCCGGGGGGGUGCCGGUGAGGCGGUCGCGGGAGAUAGAGAGGGGGACUUGGAGGACGAGGGCUUCGGAGAUUAUGGAGAUUCGUUGCUGCGACGGCUCUGCCUGGACGCUGUGGCAGUCGGAAAGUACGCCCCUUUCGGGAAGGACGUCGGGCUUCGACUGUCGGUCAUCAAGCUCAUGUUCAGCGCCUGCCAGGCCUACGGCGAGGAGGCCGCUCGCUCCUUGUUCGGAGCAGACGGCUACCGUGGCGGACGUUCGUCGUUAGGGGGAGGGGGGGGGGGGGAGGAGGAGGGGCGUGAGUUGAUCCCCGCCCUCGUGGACUUUGUCCGGCUGGAACUCGAGGACUGGGAGAGGAGAAAAUACUCGGAGGCCGACCCCAAGGGAAUUGACCCUCACGAAGACAGAGAUAGGGUUGAACUCCUCAAGCAGGCGUUUCAGCUCCUCUGGGCGCUCGCCAUGCACACCCCGCUACCCCUACGGGACAUGGCCCAGGGCGCGGGGAUGUUCAACACCAUGGUGAGCGUGGUGUCACGGUUCUACAACAGCGCGGAGAUGGAGGAGUUCCAGGUGCACAAGGAGGCCAUGAUGCUCAUGGAGAAGAUGAGCUGAACCCAUGUACAGCUUAGUAGCCACCUUCAAGGAGGAGGAGGACGAGGAGGACGAGGAGACCGUUGUGGUCGGUCGCCCAGAGGAUGAACUCUGAUGACGAUGCUCAUGGAGAAGAUGAGCUGAAGUGAUCUACAGCACAGAACAGCAGCCUUCAAGAGAGGACGGAGUAGGCCAUGACGCAGUUGAUCUACAGCAAACAACAGCAGCCUUGAAGGGAGGACGGAGGAGGCCGUGACGGCCGGUCGCCCACAGGAUGAACUCAACAUGACUGACCUGUGUCGGUCCAGUGACGAUUGCCAGCACGAAUUCGCGGUGCCCCCCUGUCUCUAAUGUUUCGUUUCGUGCUUAGCACGGCACGACCACGAGGCGUCGACGUUACUCGCGUGGCAAGCCUUGUACGGUCUCGAGCCUCACUGACUGCACUUUGUAGUGCAGGGGCGUGCCAAAAGGGCACGGUGUUGUCGAUUGAUUCCGAGUGGACUUUUGGGGUCGUGCUGACGGUGCCUGCCCCGUCCUUCGGAAGAUGUUGGGGCCAGUCCGAUUGCGUCUCCAUCCUUCCCUUCGAAUGAGGAAUUGCUUUGGCGACAGGGGUAUGCAGGCAUUUCUCCUGCGCGUCGGAAGACGGAAUGAUUAAGGAACACCACGGAGAACACCUCGAGGACAUUUUUUGACACAAGUAGCGCUUCUGGGUUAGCAAGUAGAGGUUGCUGGGCGUGGUCCGAACAGUCACGAGCAAACGUUUCUCCAGGUUCAUUUUUUUCUCCUAUCUCUACUACACUGAUGCUGCCGUUGAAUCUACCUCGUAGGUGGAUAGGCACCACCCGUCGAGUAGAUUCUCCUAUCGGCGACGGUUUCAAAUCAAGAGAGUCUUAAAUGUAGGGCGUUUUUUAGGCUGUUGUGUUGAAUGCAAGUAGUGGGG